GCGAGCGCCUAGAGUUUUCAGAUGAAUGAACAACAACAACAUGAAAUGCUGAAAUGAAAAGUUUCUUAUUUUUUCCGUUUUCAACAUGAUUUUUCAGUAACUACAGUUAGGUUUGUUGAAGAAAAUACAACAUAAUGGGUGGAAAUAAGCGAGAUAAAAAAGAUAAGGAAGAGCGAAGAUCGAAAAAAUACAAGUCCGAGUUGGAUCUACCUUCGUAUGAUGUAGAUGACGACAGUCAAGAAGUAGAUACAAAGUCAGGCAUACCAGAGGCAGCCACACGUCAGGUUACUGAGACAUCUCAGGAAGAUGAGUUUGGAGCAAAAGACUACAGGAAGAUCCUUGAACUUAAGUUGGACCAUACCUCUAGACCACUGUGGGUGGCACCUGAUGGCCACAUUUUCUUGGAGGCUUUCUCACCAGUUUACAAACAUGCUCACGAGUUCCUAAUUGCCAUAUCGGAGCCUGUGUGUCGACCCAGUCACAUUCACGAGUACAAGUUGACAGCUUACUCUCUGUACGCUGCAGUGUCUGUUGGCUUGGAAACCAAGGACAUAAUAGAAUACCUGCGCAGGCUAUGCAAGACAUCCCUUCCCAUUGGAAUAGAAGAAUUCAUCAAGCUGUGUACACUGAGCUAUGGGAAGGUCAAGCUGGUGUUGAAACGCAACAAAUACUAUGUGGAGAGUCAGCAUGCAGAGGUUAUCCAGAAAAUGUUGAAGGACCCAGUCAUACAGGAAUGUCGACUCAGAGCUGAGAUGGAGGACAGCACUGACGGGGGUGGUGAUAAACUCAUCCAGGAAACAUUCACCAAACCCUCAUCCAUCCUGUUCAACAGACCCUCCCAGCCCCAGAGUCUCCCAGUAUCCAGCAGCGCCCCCAACCUGCUGUCCCAGGUGCCUGGUCCUUCAGACGAGGCGGCAACUAAAUCUACUGAGAACGGGACGGAGGCUGUGCCAUCGGACAUCUUUGAUUACUACGAUAAGCUGGACAAUGAUGAUGAUGAAGGAGAGGAUAUGAAGACCGUGUCGUUUGAAGUGAGGCAGGACAGGAUUGAGGACAUCCAGAAACGAUGCAUUGAGCUCGAGUAUCCUCUGCUGGCAGAAUAUGACUUCCGUAAUGACACUGUCAACCCAGACAUUAAUAUAGAUCUGAAACCCUCGGCAGUGUUACGACCAUACCAAGAGAAAAGUUUGCGUAAAAUGUUCGGCAACGGUCGGGCGCGGUCAGGAGUGAUCGUGCUACCUUGUGGUGCGGGUAAAACUCUGGUGGGCGUAACAGCGGCCUGUACCGUGCGUAAAAGAUGCCUGUGUCUGGCCACAUCAGGUGUGGCAGUGGAACAAUGGAGGUCGCAGUUCAAGAUGUGGUCCACAGCAGAUGACAGCAUGAUUUGUCGUUUCACCUCGGACGCUAAAGAUAAGCCAAUUGGUUGUGAUAUCUGUAUUAGCACUUAUUCCAUGCUGGCUCACUCAACCAAGAGAUCCUGGGAGGCAGAGAGGGUGAUGGAAUGGAUGCAGAGUCAAGAGUGGGGCAUCAUGGUGCUAGAUGAGGUGCAGACGAUACCAGCUAAGAUGUUCAGGCGGGUGUUGACAAUCGUUAAUGCGCACUGUAAACUGGGUCUAACAGCCACCUUGGUGCGAGAGGACGACAAAAUCGCGGACCUGAACUUCCUGAUUGGUCCAAAACUCUAUGAGGCAAACUGGAUGGAGUUACAGAACCUGGGCUACAUAGCCAGGGUGCAGUGUGCGGAGGUCUGGUGUCCCAUGACUCCUGAGUUCUACAGGGAAUACCUCACAACAAAACAACAGAGGAAACUUUUGCUGUAUGCCAUGAAUCCAAACAAGUUCCAGGCCUGUCAGUUCCUGAUUCGAUACCACGAACGUCGCAACGACAAAAUUAUUGUAUUCUCAGACAAUGUGUUUGCUCUGAAAAACUAUGCUAUAAAACUAAACAAGCCCUACCUGUAUGGCCCAACAUCUCAAGGGGAGCGACUUCAGAUCCUCCAGAACUUCCAACACAACCCAAAAGUCAACACAAUAUUUGUCUCGAAGGUAGCAGACACAUCGUUUGAUCUGCCAGAAGCCAAUGUUCUCAUCCAGAUCUCAGCACAUGGCGGUUCUCGCAGACAGGAGGCCCAGAGGCUUGGCAGAAUUCUGCGUGCAAAGAAAGGUGCGGUCGCAGAGGAAUACAAUGCAUUCUUCUACUCCCUUGUGUCCCAGGACACGAUGGAGAUGCAGUACUCACUCAAGAGACAGCGCUUCCUCGUCAACCAGGGCUACAGCUACAAAGUGAUCACCAAACUGGCAGGCAUGGAACAGGAGGAGCUAGCCUACCGCAGCAAGGAGGAUCAGGCCCAGCUCUUACAGAAGGUCAUCGGAGCCACAGACCAGGAUGCCGAGGAAGAGAGGCUCAUCGGCGAUCCUUCGGCUAUCGGCCGUAAGGUGGGAAGUAUGAGCUCCAUGUCAGGAGCAGACGACGCCGUCUACAUGGAGUUCAACCGGAAGUCGGGUGCCAACAAGCGCCUCCACCCGCUAUUCAAGAAGUUCCGGAAGUGAAGAACUAAUUGUCGUUGUUGUUGUUUGGUGAGGCUCUUGUAACGAUUACAUUAUCAGGAAAUACAAAUACUAGUAUUCUGUUUGUCCAUGCAUGAAUAGGUGAUACUUGAUGCCUGUAAAACUGUUUGAAACACAAUUAUCACACUCUGUGAAAAUAAUGAGUUGAAUAAAAUGAGGGAAUUUAA